CGGCGACGCGACCGGAUACGCGAUGUCGCGCGACGCGCGCGCGACGCGACGGGCGAGAAACCUCGACGCGAGCCUGGACGCGGACGCGGCGACGCCGCGCGCGUUCGACGAACGCGCGAGCGACCGACGGGACGCGUACCUGGACAACCUGAAGUACGCGCUCAUGCUGAUCGUCGUGUGGAAUCACGCGCUGCAGGAGUUCCUGAGAGCGCUGGACGCGCACGAGCGGCGAGGGUGGUGCGAGAGGGACGCGGUGAACGCGACGACGCACGGACACGUGCGAACGUUAUAUUUGGUGUUGUGCGCGACGGGGAUGCCGUUGUUCGCGGGCGCGAGCGGAUACCUGUCGAAGAGUUGGCUCCGCGCGGCGAGGGAGGACGAGGCGAGCGCGGUGAAUUUGUUGGUGCGCGUGCGAGGGGCGUUCGGGACGCUGUUGGGGACGUACGCGGUGUGGCAGGCGUUUUACGUGGCGAUUAAUUAUUACGACGUCGCGCCGCUGCAGUGGUGGGCGCCGGUGGGGGUGAUGUGGUACUUGCUCGCGCUGUUCUUUUGGCGCAUGAGCGUGCUCGUGGUGGGGGGGUUACGAAAUGGGGUCAUCGUGGCGCUGAGUGUGUUCAUGGGGCUGUUCGUGGGGUUCACGGAGACGGCGACGACGAAGAAUGGAAACGCGGCUUUCGAUUGGCAGCGCGUCUUCGUGUAUUCCGUGUAUUUUUUCCUCGGCUGCGUCGCGUUGAAGCCGGAGCACUUGCAGCGCUUGCAGAGUAUCGAUUACGGUCGUCGCGCGACGUUCGGGGCGAUUGUUCUCGCGGUGGCGUACGCGCUUCUCUACGUCGUGCUCAACGUCUUCGAAGAGUGCUUCGACGACGUGCAGUGGUUCAUCUGGUCCAUCGCGCCGUACAAGUCGUCCUCCGUGGCCGCGCAGUUCAUCGACAUGCUCAAACGCAUCGCGCUUUACGUCUUCACCGCAUUCGCCGGCUUGGGCGUCUUGGCGCUCGUGCCGAGUAAGAAGUCCUUCAUCACCGCCAUGGGUUCGCGAACGCUCUACUGCUAUCUCACGCACAUCUUGCUCGUUCGCGGGUUCAGCAUGCUCAUCGAUCGAGUGUGGCCCGCCGCCCCACUGUCGUUCCGCCUCUCCGCGGGCGCGCUCUGGCUCCCUUUGAUCGUCGGCAACGCGUUGAUGGCGCAACCAGUGCUGUUUUUAAAGCCCGUCGUCGAGCCCGAUUUCUCCUUUUUAUCGCGGCCGCGCGGCGCCGAAAGCGUCGCCAACGUCGCGUGA